CACCUAAUAAUCUCACGGAUCUUUCCGCUCUUUUUGGACCAUAUUCUCAGUACCUAGUCCUACUAAUUAUCAUUGCUGCAACAUUAUUUCGGCUUCUUUUGCUAUUAAUUUUGUUAGUUUCAUUUGGUAUUGGUAAUAUAGUAUGGCACCUUUGGCCAAGCAAAUUCAUGCCAAGCUCGACGUUGAUGAUGACUAACUGACUGACCAGUCCGACUAAAUGUGAUGGUUGUAUGCUUCAAUUUUUUAAUUUUUAAAGUACUUUACGUUACCUUUUAGCGACUUUUUAGUCCGAAUGGUACUGUGAAACUUAUUUGAGUUUCCCCUUACAAACAUAUUGGACUUAUCAACCAGGUGUUAAUAUGACUACCAGAGCAGUUGUAAUAUAUGACAGUACUAAUGCUCCUAGCACUUACAAAAUUCGCUAAAAAUCUUUAAGGUUAGUUGAAGACAGUAAGAGGCUUUUAGUACUCUAAAACUGUAGUGUUCCUUUAAUAAUUUCAUCAAAGUUCCAUGAUACGUGUUCUAGUAGUUCAUUAUCUGUUACAUUCACCUAGUUUUUUGUAGGAGUCGUGUCGCGUUAUUGAUAGUAAACAGUGCUUUCAUUUUUAGUUACUGAAUCGUUGUCAUAAUGCGAAAUUUCUGUUUGUCAUAAAUAUUCUAAAGUGUUAGUUGACUAAUUCCUACGAUUAAUUCUUUGUAUAAACUUAUAGGUCUAUUUUUGCCAUCAGUGAAUUUCUUCAAAAGAUGCCAAAAACAAGGAAGCGAUCCGUUGAUAGUUCAAAUGUUCUCUGUUCUCGUGAUGUGUCGAAAAUUCGCAAACUAAUGCGAGAAAAUAUUGAUGAAGAAAAAUUAGUUGUUUCAAAAUCCCUAACCGAUGACGCUGCAAUUAUAGAGUCAGAGUCUGAUAAUGAAGAAUCUGAGAUGGAAGAAGGAUUCCAACUUGAUCUUCCUGAUUUCGAUUCAUGUGGUGGUGACGUUUUAGAAGAUGAUGAAGAUUGGAAGAAGUUUUUCAAAUCGACCAGCGACAACAAGGAACUGGUGACAGAACUUAAAAAAAAUUUGACUGAAUCAAAAUUGAAGAUUUCUGAAGAUAUGUCUCAGUACACUGGUAGUAUUAUUGGUGAUUUGGAUGAAGUAAGAGGAUUCGAAAGUUUAAAUGAACUUCCUGAAGAACUACGGGAUCACUUAAAUCUUUUAAUUGAUGUACUUAGAAGUUACAGAAGUGGACCAUUACCAAAAACAAUUAAAAUGUUACCACAUUUAGAGGGAUGGGAUAGUCUGUUAGAGAUGUUAAAACCAUUAGAAUGGUCAGUUCAUGUAUAUCCACGUAUUGUUAAAGUGUUUGCAUCUAAAGGUCAUGAACCAGCAAAUCACUUUUAUGAAUCUUAUCUAUUACCUAAAGUAAAGCAAGAUAUUGAAGAAAACAAACGUUUAUGUGUUCAUUUAUAUGAAGCAUUAAUUGCAUCUAUGUUUCGACCAGAAGAGUUCGUUUCUGGUGUCUAUCUACCUUGGGUUCAGUCGGAGAUUUCUAAAACUGAAGGUGUAAUCCUGUCCAAUCUAAUUAAAAGAGCGACCUUAAAAUCACGUUUUGCUGCAGUCGCUCUUGCUCUUACAUUAGAAGAAGAUUUCAGCAUUCCUCGAUCAAUGGUUAUUGAGACAUUUUUAACUAAAAAGUAUCACUUACCAGAAGCCGCUGUCCAAAGAAUUGUCGAUUAUUUCAUUAGUUUUGAUAAAGAUUGCACUGUUUACUUCACCGAUGAGAAGCGUAUGCCGCUGACCUGGUUCAAAAGCUUAUUGGUAUUUUUGGAGUUUUAUAGGCAUUGUGUUAACCCGUCUCAGCGUGAAAAGUUACUUAAAUUAUGUCGCCGUCAUGAACAUCCACAAAUAACACCAGAAAUUAGAAGCUUGCUGGGAACUAUUUCACCUAACUAACAUAAUUUUUAACAUCAAAUUGUUUUGUAAAUACAUUUAAUUUGAUAAAA